AUGCCUCCGUUGCCAGCAGUACCCGUCGCCGCAUGGAAACCUCGGAUAGUGUGCUACUUCCAGACCUACCAUCACGGGGGUGAAUACGUCUCAUUGCUACCGCUCCUCACCAACCCCUCAGGAAUCACGCAUGUGAUAUUGGCAGCUAUCCAUGUCAACUGGGACCCGCAGAACCUGACGCUCAAUGACGACCCGCCGGACCACGAAAAGUACACCCAGCUUUGGGACGAAGUCGUGGUCCUCCAAGAUUCAGGGAUCAAAGUCUUGGGCAUGCUGGGAGGCGCCGCGCGAGGCUCCUUUGCCAGGCUAGAUUACUCCGAGUCGAGGACCGACGUGCCUGUCGCACGGUUUGAGAGCUACUAUAUCCCGCUCCGGGACAUGAUCAGACGGUACAACCUCGACGGAAUUGAUCUUGACGUGGAGGAAGAAAUGUCCCUUCCUGGGAUCGUGCAUCUGAUCGAUCGUCUGAAGGCGGACUUUGGGCCAGAGUUCAUCAUCACACUCGCUCCCGUGGCCACCGCUCUCAUGGCUGGCCGGCCGCACUUGUCCGGGUUUGAUUACCGCAUGCUCGAGGCCAUGCGUGGGUCCAGCAUCGCCUGGUACAACGCACAGUUUUACAACGGAUGGGGUGGGCUGCACAACACGGCGGCCUACGAUGAGAUCAUGCGCAAUGGCUGGCCGGCAGCGAAGGUGGUGGCAGGCAUGUUGACAAACCCCAAACACGGUGGGAGCGGAUACGUGCCGCUGGAGUUGUCGGCGGCGGUGUUGAGCUUGCUGAUCGAGAGGUAUCCGGACUUUGGAGGCGUGAUGGGAUGGGAGUACUGGGACGCCUUGCCCCAGGAAGGCGAGAACUGUUGGAUGUGGGCGUACUGUAUGGCCUUGUGCAUGGGCAUGAAGAAGGUGCGGGAUGCGGCCUUGGUGGUACAGCUUCGGAGGAUGUCUCUGGGACAUUCUGUGAGACCGCCACGGUGA